AUGAACAAAGAUAAUCCAUCAGUGAAGAUUAAAAGUGCCAACCUUGAUCACAACUAUGGGAAAGUCUUCAACAAUUUCCAUGUAACUUCAAAGUGGCUAGCCAGUAAAUACCUUGACAAAUACAAGGUUGAUCCGAAUUGGAGUUGCAAUGGUUUAAUUAAACAAGUCAAGGAUGACCAUGGCCUCACAAUUUCUGCUGUGAAAGCUUGGAGAACCAAAAACUUGGUAAUGAAGUGGGUCAAUGGAGAUGCAUCUAAGCAAUAUACAAAACUGUGCAGGUAUGCAACUGAACUUAAACAAAGUAAUUUAGGGAGCACAGUGAAUUUGUGGAGAGAUAAACAACAUUUCAAAGGAUUUUAUGUCCGUAUGAAGCCAUUAAAAGAUGCCUUUGGGUCAGGUUGUAGGCCAUUUAUAGGACUGGAUGGUUGUUUCCUGAAAGGUCUUUAUGAUGGGCAGUUACUAUCAGCAGUAGGAAUUGACCUGAACAGCUGUAUAUUUUCCAUUGCAUAUGUAGUAGUUUUGGUGGAGAAUACAGAAACAUGGACUUGGUUUAUAGAGCUAUUGAGGAACGAUUUAGAGAUCUGGAACAACACAUAUGUCACCAUAAUGAGUGAUCGGCAAAAUUGCUUGAAAAGGGUUGUUCAAGAGAUAUUCCCAAAUGCUGAACAUAGAAACUGUAUCAGGCAUAUCUAUACAAAUUUCAGGGAGAAGUUCAGAGGGAAAGCCCUAAAAGAUUACUUAUGGAAUGCUGUGCAAGGGCUUCAUAUAUAUAUACUUGAUACAUGGGAUAAGGGAAUUAUAACAAUGCUUGAGAUAAUCAAGAUCAAAUUGAUGAGGAGGAUGAAGAAGAAAAAUAACCAGAUACUGAAGUACAAAGGAAUUUUAUGCCCAAAGAUCCAAAAUAAACUUGACCAAAUGAAGGAAGAGGCUCAGUGCUACACACUAGAUUUUUCAGGUGGACCCAAGGUUCAGAUCAUAGGGAUUGGAGGUUCCUUCGUUGUUGAUAUGAUUGAGCAUACUUGCACAUGCAGGAGGUGGGAAUUAACAUGUAUGUCAUGCUCUCAUACAAUUAGAGCCAUACAUGGCAAUAAUCAGCAACCAGAGGAGUUUGUUCAUGUUGCAUACCUAGUGUCUACAUAUCUUAGGGUUUAUGAGCAUUACAUAAACCCCACCAACAGUGAAGAACUUUGGCCAGAGGUGAAUGAUGGCACAAGAGUGAUCCCACCUCCAAUGGGGAGAAGAAAAAGGGGAAUGAAAGCAACUGCAAGAAGAAAAGAGCCUGAGGAAGUUGAAAAAGCCUUGAAGAAAUCAAAUUCAGAUUCCAACACUUCUGACAAAGGCAAACAAAAAUUGGCAAGAAAGGGUUUAAGCACAAGGAGAAAUGAUGCUGCACCAGAAAAUGCUUCAAUUGGCAGUGCUGCAACUGGGAAUGAACCAACGCAACCUUCUGAUGUCAUUGGUAUCCAGCAGUCUUAG